UCCUUUGGCUUCAGCAAAAUUCGGUUGUAGGCAGCGGCGUUAGUGCUUGUUUUAAGACUUGAUUAGGGCAUGUCCUCCACGAAAAAAGCCAGUAAUUAACGCUGAUCGAAUGAUUUUAUUCGAUAUCGUCUAGUUAUUCCAGAAUUGGAUGUAACACAAUUUUCAAAAUCUCCUCAAAACUCGCACUGUGGCAGCGUAAACGGCACGCCACGGUACGGUGGUCGGAAAAGUGCGGCUAGGCAACAGUGCCGUAGCUGUUUGUAUUGCACACUUUGGCCUCCCGUAUAUUUACCACACUCACUGCGCGCUCUGUGUGUCGAGGAGGCUGGUUGAGCGCGUUCCGAAAAUAGUGCCACAGCGGAACCGGUUCCGGGUUCCCGCGAGUAAUCCCAACCUUCAACCGCACCCGACGCAGAGCUUCCGCGUAAGCUCUCCCCAGCGAUCUCACGUUGGAGUCGAAAAAGGCAAAAAUGGUGCUGGCCGACCGAGCAGUCGAAAACGUCCGCAACGGCCGGCGGAGUCGCGGACCGAGCCCGAACGGUCACUCGGCCACGGUGGUCAUCGCCGGAGGCGUCACCGAGUCCAGCUCGGAUGAUGAAAAUUCACGAAAGAACGGAAAUUCCUCCAAAGCAACCAAAGCAAAGAGCGAGUACGAAGAGAAAAUUCGCGUCGGUCGUGACUACCAGGCCGUCUGUCCCGACAUGGUUCCGGCCCCGGAACGCAAACCCGAACAGGUGAACGACCGAGCCCUGCUGGUUUGGUCGCCCACGAAGGAAAUCCCAGACAGCAAGUUGGAGGAGUACAUCACGGUGGCCAAAGAAAAGUACGGAUACAACGGCGAACAGGCGCUGGGCAUGCUGUUCUGGCACAAGCACGACCUGGAGCGGGCGGUGCUCGAUCUGGCCAACUUUACGCCCUUCCCCGACGAGUGGACCGUCGAGGAUAAGGUCCUGUUCGAGCAGGCAUUCCAGUUCCACGGCAAGAGCUUUCACCGCAUCCGACAAAUGCUUCCGGACAAAUCGAUCGCCAGCCUGGUCAAGUUUUACUACUCGUGGAAGAAGACGCGCAGCCGGACCAGCGUGAUGGACCGGCAGGAGAAGAUGAAAAAGAACGACAGCUCCGAGAACGGCAGCGACCACGGCAGCAACGAGGACUCGGACGACGACAAGCCGGCAACCGCGCUCGCUGCAUCCGUUUCGUUGGCCAGCAGCACGACCCACACGGCCAUCAGUGGUGGUCCGUCGGCCACGGCCCUGGCCGCCACAAACGGCACCGAUUCGGGCGAGCCGGGCAAACCUUCAUCGUCGGCGUCGGCGGCGGCCGCAACCGCUGAAGCUGAUUCCGCUGGGGUCGAUUCGGGCGAAGUGACUGGCGAGGCCGGUGGUCCGGUCACCAACGGCAAUGGCGUUCCGUCGUCGGCGGCCCCGACCUCGCUCAAUUGUUCCGGGUGCGGCGUGACCUGCAGCGAACUGAACGCCACUCCCCAGGGGAACCUGUGCGGCAGUUGCUACCAUCACUGGAGACGAACGGGCGUGUUGCGUCCCACAUCCGGUCCGACCUUUAUGAACAAACGCGCGCGCAAUUCCGCCCUGCUCGGCAAAUCCGGCGACAGCCACAAGCGUAGGCCCCCGAGGGGGAUGUACAUAAAUCACGACGACAUUGUCAAGCUGGCCGAUUCGGCCCAGAGCGGAGCAGGAGGCGCGGGCGCUGCGAUCGGAACCGGAACGGGCGUCGGUUCGACACCGGACACGACGAACCUCAGCGUCGAUCUGCUGGCCGGGAUGGAUAGGGAAAUUGUUUCGCUGUGGAGUCAGAUUCAGCUCAACAAGCAGGCGGUCAGCAAGCUGAAGGCCACCAUCGAAGACACGUCCGCGGUCAUCCACCCGGCGGAGGUCCAGGUGGUGCGCUUCACGUCCCGCUGGAACAAUGAGGAGCUUCUGUUGGCGGUGCAGGGCGUUCGGAAGUUUGGUCGGAACUUUCAGGCGAUUGCCGACACGAUAGGCACGAAAACGGAAGCCCAGCUGCGCACGUUCUACGUCAACUAUCGGCGCAAGUACAACCUGGACAGCGUCCUGAAGGACUACGAAGAGGAGCAAAAGUUGUUGCUGCAGGAGCAGUUGAACAUCACCAACAAUAACAACAGCAAGGAGGACGACUCGACGACGAGUGUGAGCGAGCUGGAGAGCGCAGCGGACACGAACUCGAUCGCCGGGGAGAGGCUGCUGGAGUUGGGGAAGAAGCCGGGAGAGCAAGAUAUUAUGGAGAUUGAUCUCGACGAUGAGAUGGUGAAUGGGAAAAAGGCCGCCGAAACGGGAGAAGUUGGUGGAACUGCGUCGACGUCUGCCCUGCCCACGGGAUCAGCGACGGGUGCAGGAAGUACUGCUGCCGCCGCCACUGUUCCACCCGCUGCCGAUGGGACGGCCAUGGAGGUGGACGAUCCGGUUCCGGACGCUAGUGCGAAGUUGUCCGAAAGCAGCAGCAGCAGCACGAUCGUCAUCAAGUAACUUCUUUUUGCCCCAUUUAUUCGUCAUUUCUCGUUUUAUUUAGGACAGAAGAUGUCUUUUACUUUAUUCUAACUCUAUGCUUUAUCAAUGCACCGUUGGCCGUUCCGUCACGACCGCGAGGUGACCAAUAGCAGUAUAGAAACUCGUAUUAAUUUUAAACGUUCUCCGUAGUCUUCACUCUACCGAGCAUUUUGGGUAAAGAUAGGUUAUUGUGGCAAGGCACACACACACACAAGACUAUUAUAUAUUUAACGAAAAUGCGCAAAAAAAAAUCGUGUUGUCGUGUUUGUCCAUGUGAAAUUUGAUCAUACAUACAUUAAGCAUAUCUUAUUUAAUAUAGACCCACGUCAACCAAAUACGGGCCUGAUUUCAGUCUUUCUUCGUUUAUACUAAUGUAAUCACUAUAAAAUUCAAAUCAUGUUUAGCUAGGAAAGUUUUUGCAAAAGUCGCCUCUAGCUGCAAAACUCAGCUUACAAUGCGCCCUUAACAUUGCAGGUAAAAAAAUAGUGAACAUAGAAAAAACGCUGCAAAAAUCACGUUACAAACAAUAGACGCGUCGUCAUUAGGGGAAUGAUAAAUAGUAUUUAAAAACAGUGAAUGCUGAAAUGCAGCAAAAAUCCGUUGAUUGAAAGAACGAUAGAGAAAGAAAAAUCACCCAAACAAACACCCAGCACAUCUAAGAUUCAUAAUUUAAAAAAUAUAAAAAAGCCGUAUUAAA